GGAGGUUGCUGCCGUGUUAUAUCAUCAUCACAGCAGUCCCACUGCAGGGCAUAGCGGCUGGGUUACCACUUGUCAGAAUGUCUCCUCAGUUUACUAUUGGCGAAACAUGACCCAGGACAUGAAACAUUAUAUUGAAACAUGUAGUAAGUGCCAGCACUACACGCCAAUGAAGACAAAGGCCCCAGAGAUGCGUCCCAUAAAGGUGAAGGAGCCGUUGGAACUUAUAGGAGUCGACUUGGUCGGUGGGGCAAGCCUGCAAGGAUCCUGACUGAUCACGGACGUGAGUUUUGUUCCUCGAUCAACGACGAACUCUGCAAGUUCUACGGGAUCCGGAGGAGUAUCACGUCUGCCUACCAUCCGCAGACUAAUGGACUGGCAGAGAGAAUUAACCAGACUCUGGAGACCAGGCUUUCCAAGCUCUGCAACGCGACCAAGACCGACUGGCCAAACUUCCUGGAUGAAGUCGCCUAUAGCAUCCGCACCCAAAAGCAGCGGACCACCGGGUUCACACCUUUCCGGUUGAUGUUUGCUCGUGAGCACCGGCCACUUCACCAGGAAGAAAUUACAUUUGCUCCUGAGGCUUCUGCACAACCAGAGGGAAGGAGUACCACACCAGAAGUAAGUAGAAAGUAGAUUCAUAUGUAAUGUGCAAAUUCUGGAAGAAAAGUGUAUAUCUCACAAGAAUUGAAGAAUAUGUCUAGUACCUCUCAAGUAAUCUUCUUUUGCAGUUUCUUUUUGUUACAGUUCUUUGAAGAACUUGUUGAACUGCCCUCUUCCGAGGACAUUGCGGAGUGUGUCAAAGAGCAGGACCAGAGGCGUGAAGAACUGCACUCCAAGCGGGAACAGAGAGUUGAAGCAGCCCAAGAAAAGCAGAAGGCUGAGUACAGGAACAGGAAAGCAAGAGGAGUGAAGACCUUCAGCUUCUCUGUAGGGAUGAAGGUUCUUAAAAGAAACCUUCGCAAUGAGACUCGGAAGGGUGGGAUAAUGGAGCAGAAGUGGACUGGUCCAUACAACCUACUGACACUCAACAGAGUCCUUGACAUCGACUCCUCAAACCGUGUGGCACUUGAGGCUGUGAGCAAUGGGAAGAAGCUCAAGAGCCGUACUCCAUACAACAACCUGAGGCCAUUCCUCCAGAGCCAGUUGCACUGUGACAGACACUUAUUGGACCACAGAGAUGGACUGCAGCCCUCCAGCAUUCAGGGACCUGUGCAGCCAUCACCUGACACCUCACAGUUGCCUGCUGAACUGAAUAGCCUGGAGGGACAGCAGCACUGUGAAGCUCGCCUGGCUCCUUCCCUGCAACGAGAGGUUCCCCUGGCCCCUGCCCAUGGAAAUCCAAGUGAAGCGGCAAGGGAAGUAUCCAUUGAAGGGAAGUGGUUGACAGACCUCCACAUAGAUCAUGCACAGCAUUUGCUUGGAAUCAGUUUCCUCAAUGUUUCAGGUUUCCAGUCUACUGUUGUCUUUCAAACUGCAAAAUGUGUGCAUGUUAAAAGUCCCAGUAAUUGCUUUGUCCAAAUUUUACAUGUACACAACAAUCACUGGCUUACAGUAAGUAACCUUCAAUGUAAUGAUAACACUGUCAAGGUUUAUGACAGCUUAAACAACAGCUUGGGAAUCUCAAACAAUUUUGAUUGCCAGCUGGCUGCUCUACUAAACUGUAGUUCACAAUUUAAAGUAGAAUAUGUAAAAGUUCAGCAGCAGGAGGGAUACUCAGAUUGUGGUUUGUUUGCUAUUGCUUUUGCUACCAGUCUUUGUUUUGGCAUCCCACCUGCAACUCAAAAUUUUGUUCAGAAAGACAUGAGGAGCCACCUUGCAUCCUGCUUUCGGAAGGGGGUACUGGAACCUUUCCCAGUCUUUCCCUCUACCAUUACCCCUACAAGUAGCAAGUGUUAUGUUGUGGAUUUGUGUUUACAGUGUAGGAGGCCCAAGUCUGACAAUGGCAGUUUGAUCAAGUGUAUGUUGUGUAACAGCAUGUAUCAUGCUACAUGUGUGGGGGUUUCUACUGACAUUUUUGUUUGUGCUGCAUGUCAGCAGGAAAUAAUGUACCUUUAUAUAUUUCUCUCUCUCUCUCUCUCUCUCUCUCUCUCUCUCUCUCUCUCUCUCUCUCUCUCUCUCUCUCUCUCUCUCCUGUGGCAGAGUCCCCCGUCGUAGGUGUGACUAUUGUUAUACCGGAGCUGGAGUUGACGACAUCACAGCUGCCCUGGAUAAGGUCUCUGCUGAGGCUUCUAAUGACUCCCUGUUUGUUCUCCACACAGGUACGAAUGCCAUCACCACAACCCGGUCUGAGGAACUGCUGGACAAGUACUCUAGGCUUAUCCAUCAGUACAAAUCUAAAUCCCCCUAACAUUUCGAUUUCAGGAGUUCUACCACGGAAGUGGGCAGAGAGUGACUUCUUCAGCAAGGCUUUCAGCCUCAACAACUGCUUACAGACUCUUUGCAGGGAGCUUGACGUUGAGUUCUUUAAUGCCUGGGACA